AUGAGUAGCAAAAGACGCAUGGAAAAAGAUGUUAUGGAUCUAAUGAUGAGCAACCACGAAGUUAGUCUAAUUGACGAUUCCAUCCAACAGUUCCACGUAAUCUUCAAGGGUCCCGAGGAUACACCAUACGCUGGCGGAACAUGGAAGGUCAGAGUGGAAUUGCCAGACCAGUAUCCGAUCAAAUCGCCGUCCAUUGGGUUUGUUAACAAGAUGUACCACCCCAAUAUCGACGAAAACUCCGGUUCUGUGUGUCUCGACGUCAUUAACCAGACAUGGUCUCCGAUGUUCGGCCUUUUGAACAUCUUUGAGAAUUUCUUGCCUCAUCUUUUGCGCUAUGCCAACCCCAGCGAUCCUUUAAACACAGAGGCGUCAAACUUGAUGACCAAAGAUGAACAACGUUACAAUGAAGUUGUCAAACGGUAUGUCAAGGAGUAUGCACUGGAGGAUUUCCUGGCGACUGAGGCAAAGGAAAGCGGUGACGAGGAAGAAAACGAAUUGAGCGACGUAGAAAGCUUGUCGAGUGUCGGUGAGGACGAAGAUGAUGAGGAUGACUGA